CACGUGAUGACACGAUGUCUGACGUGUUCGUUGUUCGUGACGUAUAAUUGAAAUCGUCUGAAUUUGACAUAUUCAUAUGAUAAAUUUUAAAAAUCAUGGACGAUACUAAGGCUCAAAAAUUAAAAUUAGCCAAUUCUCGGAAACGAUUCAAAGAACUGCAGGAACUGAAGAAAAAGAAAGAUUCCAGUCAAAAAGGCGACGAAAGCUCCACUGAACAUGUUGGCAUUGUUGAAACUGCCACCAACAGCUUAACAAGCUCCACACAUAGCUCAAUAAACAAUGAACAUCCAACAGAAAAUACAAUCAGUACACCUAAUAAUGCCGCACAGCUUCCCAAUUAUUUUGGUGCGGACAUACCACAACCAACCUCUGAUUUCUUUGAUUCGCUUGUACCCAGAGGCACCAGUGAAAAUGCUGAUUUUGAAUUCUCAGACAAAAGUAAAAUGCUCCAGUAUUUUGAUGUGCCUUCUCCACAAACACCCAGCAAAUUUGAAGAUAUGGUUUCUAAUAUUGUAGAAUCACCUAAGGGAAAUGAUAAAAGUGACUUCCAAUAUUCUUUAUUUUCUCAAAAUAACUUGCACAGUUAUAUCAGAGAAACACAAAAUAUAAUUCAUCCAAAUGAAACAGGAGAUACAGAUGAAAUAGAUGAUCCUGAGAUUAAGCAAAAUGAGAUUUAUGAGAUACACAACAAAGAUUCAGACUCAAAUUCAUUCCCCUCACCUGGUACUCAGAAUCUUUUAAAUUCAUUGCAAGGUACUAAUAGUCCUCCUAUAACCGAGGGUGAAAAACAUGCUAUACAAGAAGAAAUCAGCGAUAAUUCUAACCUGGCACAAGUGGAAAUACAAUGCUCUAAACAAGCAAAUUUGGUGCAACUAUCUAACCAAAUGGCAGAGAGAAUCGACACUGAAUAUACAUCAUCCAGUUCUAUAACAGACUUAGAAAAACGUAACCUGGAAUUGUCUGCCUUGUUAGAGCAAGAAAAAGCACUAGUUGAUCAACAAAGGUUGCUAAUCAAUGAGUUGCAAAAUAAAUUGACUAAAUCUGAAGUUGCAAAAGGUAUGCAGGAUGAUAGUACCAAUGUUCAAAUGGUGCAGUUAAAAGAAGAACUACAGUACCAUACCCAAACUGUUGCCAUGUUAGUAACUGAGAAAACUGAGCUCAUAGGGGCAGUUAAUCAAUUAGAGAUGAUGCUUAAGGGAAAAACUGCUGAUUGUGAGGAGUUACAAGCAAGGCUUAAGACAUCUAGAUCAAGGGUGGCAGAUUUAGAGAGAGAAGUGAAUGUACUGAAGUCAGAAAGGCAUCAGUUUGAACAAAUGGAUAAUGAAAUCAUUCAACAUUCCAAUAUUUUAAAAAAAGAAAAUGAAGCUGUGAAAGAGCAAAAAGAAGAAAUUCUUCAGGACUUGCUAGAGGUAAAAGAGAAACUAAAAAAAGUAUCGGAGGAAAAUGCCCAUCUACUUCAACAAAAUCAAGACUUGUCUAACAAAUUAUCCUUGGCCAACAUAAAAAUUCAGCAGAUCACAAGUGGUCAACCAAUGCAAAAUGAUGGUCUAAUAGAAAGUCUGAUGAGGGAAAAAGCUGAGCUAGAAAGGCAGGUUGCACAGCUAAAUAAUGUACUAAAGACACUGACUAAAGAAAGAGAUGAGUCCAGCAUGCAGUAUCAGCAGUAUGUCCAACAGCUCAAUGUUCAAGUUUCCAAUUUGACAAAUCAGAUAGAGCAGUUGCAACAGGCAAACGAGAAUUUGAUAAUUCAGGAACAAAAUAGGGUCAAACAUAUUGGUGAACUGGAAAGACAACUGCAGAGCUUGCAAAAUGAAAGGGUUGCCUUUGCUGGUAGCAGUUUGCAUGCAGAUUCUGAUCUUAAAACCGAAUUGGAAAAAUUACAUGAACGUUGCUCACAGUUGCAGUUGGAAAAAAUAUCAGCAGAGGAGAACUGUACCAAGGCAUGCAAUGAAAGAGAUAUGUUGACUAAAGAAUUGAUGGCGAAAUAUGAUUCUAUUAGUCAGUUGGAGAAUGAAGUUGAAAGAUUACGUGGAAACCAACCUGAUAGCGCGAAGUUAUUGGCAACAAUGGAAAGUGAUAAAGUUGCUGCAGCCAGAGCCAUAAAACAGAACAGUGAAUUGAAAGAACAAGUAGAAGGCAUGAAAGAAGUCCUUGCAAAACUGGAUGCUGAUAAGGUUGAACUGACGGAAAAACUGAACAAGGAAAUGAGCAGCAACAAGCAGCUCUUGGAUAAACUGCAGAAGACAGAGUUACUUUUACAGACGUUGACAGACGCGAUAGAAAUCAAGGACAGGGAAUUGGCACAACAUAUAAGAGAAAGUUUUGAACAGCUAAGCAAGCAAGUAUUGCAACAACUACAGUUAACGGAUAGGCUAAGGCAUUAUGAAGCUCAGGACUGUUCAUCACACGUAUUGCAAAAUGAUCUACAAGAAGCAAAACAGACAAUAAUUAAGUUAACAAACGAGUUGAAUACACUAAAAAAUAAGAAUAUAGCUGAAGUUACUGCAGCUAAUACUAUUGAGCCUAAAGUAGCUACUGAAGACGCUGAUAUUUCAACUUUAAAAGAAAAACUAACGAAACUCGAACAUCGCAACGAAGAAUUAGAGCUGAUGCUAAGAAAUAGCAACAAUAUUAACGAAGGCCAUAGACAAAAUGAUUACCCUGAAAAUAUUAUAAAAACAGACGAUAAUUGCAACCAUAACGAUGACGUCUUGGAUAAGGAAGUAGCAAUGAAAUAUUUGGAAGACAAGCUGAAACGCACCAUGGACAGUAUCGCAAACCUUACAGAUGAAAAACAGAGGCUUGAGCAUCUAGUGUUGCAAUUACAGGGUGAAACAGAAACUAUCGGUGAAUACGUAGCCUUAUAUCAACAUCAAAGGAUGAUGUUGAAGCAACGCGCAUUAGAAAAGGAUCAUCAGUUGAAACAACUGGCUUCUGAUAGGGAACAGAUGAAACUCAAAUUAGAAAAACUGAACGAGUUGAUUAGAAAACUACUGGAAGGCAAAGGUGGCGUUUCCAAAGAAAUUCUAGAUCAACAUGGGCAUCUAACCGCCGAAGAUUGUUACAUCGACACGGAAACUCAUACACACAAUGAUAAUGAAAGAAAAGUCCCUGAAGCAAACGUAGGAAAUUCAGAAACUGCAAACGAAAUCAUAGAGUUAAUCUCAGAAAUCAAGAGUAGCAAUUUGGUUCAGCCUUGUGAUAGCAUAAACUGCUCUUGGUGUUCAGGGCAAUUGAUCACAGUAUAAAUAAAUUAUUAGCGCAAAAAAAAAUUAAUCAAAUUGUGAUUUUUGUAGAUGUACAGGGACUCAAGGUUUUGAUAAUCCAAUUUUCGAUGUGCAAAAACAAGGAACCUACAAAAUCUAUGAUAAUGUGCCUUUGGGCACUAAUCUUUUACAUUGCCUGUUAAUCACCUAUGAAUAUUGCUAUAAAACUUGUUGAACCAUUUUCCACAUUGUUUAAUUCAAAAGACCUUACUGCGUCAUUAAUAAAUAAUUCUCUUUUGAAUUCCAAGUAUUUAGCUAAUUUCAUAUUAUCUUUAUGGGUGAGGUGAUGCUGGUGUAGUGAUCAUUUUAACCUUUUUUCAUACUGAUGCAUGUUAAGAUAUUUUUUUAAUGUUCAGGAUUUGUAUGUAGGUACAGCUAAUUUGAAAAUCUCAUCUCUUCUCGGCGCCAUCUCUUCCUAUAUUGCUUCACUUGAAGAUGUCUUAUUUGGGAUUUGGGAAUAUUUACCUUGCAAGGAACAAGUAUGGAUUCGCCCUUAGGGGUAUAUAUCUCAGUUCAAAAAAGCGCUAGGGGGAGUUCAGGAUUCAUGCCCGUCUCGAGGGGGUAUCGGCGAUUGAAGAGCGUGGGGAGGGUUGUUUCCAUAUUGAAAAAUACGUUCGACUCAUUCCUAAACUCUGAUAUUUCGGGUGUCUGGACCCCCAGAACGCCCCCUGGAUCCGCCACUGAUGUCAAAUACAUUGUAUAACAUCUCUGUACACAGUUUGUGGUGUUUUUGAAUGAAAUUAAUACAUAUCACCAUAUCAGUUCACCAUGCUUCGUGUACUUUAUUCAUUUUGAUUUUAAUAGUGAUUUUUGGUGACCCUUUGACCUCUGACCACUACAUAGCCAUAGCAUAGUGAUUAGCAAUAUGAAAUUGCAUUUUUUGUUAGUGUUUUUGGUUAGUUCAAGGCUAGAAAUAUGAUUUGUUGUACAGAAGCAAAUCUGUUUAUAGCAACUUUUUGAAUUCAUAUUGGUGAAGAAGAAUAAAAUGUAUAGUUCUCAUCGAGGUUACGAGGUGCAUGCUAUUAUUAAUCUACGAAUCCUCCUAUGUUUAUAUAAAAUUUUCGUUAUCGAUUAUUUUUUAAAUUGCUGAUUUUUACUAUUUUUGUUUUUUCUUUAUUAUGUAUGAGUCUGAAUAAAUUUAUACAGAAUUUUC